CAAGCGCUGAGAAGGCACUCAUCACGCGCUGAUCGUGUUGUGUCUGUUUUUUUUAACCAAUUUCUUGUGUUUUGUGAUUAAAAAUGCCGAAAAAAUCCAACAAAUCACAAUGGGGCAGUCGCAGAUCCGAGGACAAGCAUUAUUUCGUGCACGACGAUCGUGUGCCAAGAAGUACAGACACUGAGAUGAAACAAUUCAGCGGAGUAAAUAGGCCGAGAGUAUCAUUCAAGAAUCAAUCGCACUCGCGAAACGAGAAGCGUGCUUUUUCGAAGAAUUUGGAAAGGGCUAUAAAAACGAGCCUCGAUGAUGACGUUACUAUGUCCUCAGGGACGAAUAACAAUGGACGAGCCGUGAUAUUCCGUGGUCGUGGUAGGGGAGUUGGUCUCAGAGGACGAAAUAGUCCUGUUGCCAGGGCAUCGAGACUUCGAGUUCUCAUGAAUAGGGACAAACAGGGGCCCAUUGGGGACGCCAACUGGUACAAAGUGAUCAUACCCUUUGGCAACAAAUACGACAAAGAUUACCUCAUAAAUAGCCUUGCGAGCCACAUGGAAACCCCAUUCAUACCCAUAAUGUAUAAAGCCUUCGACAAGGACAUUGUAUUCUUCAUUGAUGAUCAGAAAAUAGCGAAUAAACUGCUCCAGUGCGACAGGCGAAUCACAGAUCUUGAUGGUUUCAAAAUAACUGUGAGAGUUAGACCUGGAUUUCCUCAGAUUGAAGUCGACGACGCACUCAAGGAGAAAAUGAAAAUGGCUAUGGCCAAGAGAUACGUUCCUGAGACCAAUGCCAUAGAUCUUUCACGAUUUCAUGCUGAUCCAGAACUCGCUGCUGAUCAUUUCUGCGCACUAUUCAGACCUGCUAUGCUUAUGACUGUACUCGAUAUCGUUGCUGAGAAUCUUCCCAACUUGGAGGCCUUAAAUUUGGAUAAUAAUAAGCUGCAUGUCAUUGAGAGGCUCAAUGUGCUGAACAAAAAAUUUCCAAAUUUGAAGAUUUUGUAUAUUGGAGAUAACAAGAUAAGGGAAAUCAACCAGAUUGACGUAAUCAAAGACUUGAAACUCGAGGAGCUGAAACUAGCUGGAAAUCCGGUUUGCAACAAAUACAGGACGAGGCAGGAUGAUUAUGUCAGUGACGUGAGGAAGAGAUUCCCAAAGCUCCAGAGAUUGGAUGGGACUGAAUUGCCACCGCCAAUUCUCUUCGACGUGUCAGAUGAUUCGGUUAAACUACCACCCACUGAGAGGAUCUUUGUUGCUAAUCCCAAGGCCCGGGAGAUUGCAAAUCAAUUUUUGCAGCAGUACUUUAUGAUCUUUGACAGUGAGUCACGUCAACCACUGCUGAAUGCGUAUCAUGAACACGCGUGCUUCAGCUUGUCGAUCACACCUUGUCCAACAAUGAAUAAAUUCAGUUCUUACACUGCUGACAAUAGGAAUCUACUUCGUUCGUCUGAUGCCUCAAGGAGAAGGAAAUUGUUGAAACAGGGGAGAUUACCUGUUGUAACUUACAUCUCCGAAAUGCCAAAAACCCAACAUUACUUGAACAGUUUCACGAUGGAUAUUGGACUUGUCACAGAUGCACUGAUGCUGAUAACCAUCACUGGAUGCUUCAAAGAAACCGCUACUAAAGAGAAUUUUAUUCGUUACUUCCACCGAACCUUCAUCAUCGUUCCCGAGGGCACUGGCUACUGCAUACGAAACGAGCAACUCCACUUGUCUCACCCAACAGCAGCCCAAGAGAGACAACUUCUCAAUGAAAUUCAAAGCUUGCCAGCCCCACCGCCAGGACCAUUGCCAUCAACCUCAACAGCAGUAGAUCCACCAGAUCAGCUGAAACAACAAAUGACAUUGACCCUGAGUCAGCAAACAAACAUGAACUUGGAGUGGAGCCUCAAGUGUCUCAAAGAGGUACAAUGGAACUUCGAUAACGCGUUAGCUGCAUUUCAAGAAUUCUUCAAACGUGGACAAAUUCCUCCGGAGGCAUUUAAAAAGUAGAAUUAUGAGAUUCUCGGUUUUUAAGUGUCUAUGCAACGAUUUUUCAUUAUCUCCGAUGAGGAAAAAUAUUGUGAUAUGUGAAAAUAGGUACGUGAUUGAUGUUCACGCACAUAGAAAGGAAAAGAAUAAUCAUGGGAGGCAUGAACUUAGGCUUCACAAAUUUAAGUUCUCUUGAUAUGCCAUUUGCUGUCCCUUUUUAAUUGAAAUUUUUAAUAUCAGAAACUAGUGGUUUGUUUACUUAAAUUUGUGAAUUCAAUGGCGUCAACUACGUUAGGAUAACUGCUACAAAUUGAUCCUUGUCACUAACUGCAAAUUUAGAAAAAUUAAAAAAAAAUUUAUUCCUGUGAAUAUGACAUAUUGUAAAAGUGUCGAGUGUUUUUUUUAGCACUCCAACACUUUGAUCAACAGUCGUAUAUGGAUGUUCGAUGUUUGCUCGUGGAACGCAAGGACACGGUCUCUCUAUCUUUUCAUUUCCAAUUACGUAAUUUCUUUCACAUUAUUUUUCAAAUCAAUUCAUUACUGAUCUGCCAGCAACCAUCGAAUACCUUGGCAAUAGUAAUUCAUGAAAUCUCUCACAAAGAGUGAGAAUACAUUGAAGAUAAAUAUCUAACUCUUACAAUCAUGAAAGAAAACUCCUGCUGGAGUUGAUGUAUAUUUUUACUCUUGUUAGGUAUUUAUCAUCAAUCAAUGAAAAAAUUAAACUACUUGAUGUCAAUCGAUGGACGAUAAAUUUUAAUUUAGUUCAAAAUCAAUUCAACUUAUUAUGCGAGUGAGCUAAAAAGUUCUCUCAAUACGAUAAAUCGGCGAUUAGAGGACGUUGUUUUAAGUCAAACUCAUUGCCAAAUUAUUGAGAAAUAUUCUUUAAAUUUAUUUGAAUUCAUGAAGAAAACAAAAGUGCUCAGGAAAAGCAAAUGUCUUCAGGAUUGGGAGUGAAGAUGGCUGAACUGUCUCAAGUCUCUAUUCUCUUCUUAAACCUGCAAAACCAAUAAUCUACAGAUCCUGCGGGACCUCUGCAUCGAUCUCAUCAGCAAGUUUAUACGGCGCAAUAUCAACAUAUAACUGUCUAUCGAGCUUCGGAUCGUUCAAGUGUCUUUGAUCGGUCCAGCAAGAGAAGCUCAACGCUCUAGUGUUGCUACAUCAUUGGAUGGUGCUCGCGAUCUUACUCUUGCGUCGCAGAGUCUGACUCUUGCACUUGUCACAAGAUGAUAUUGAACGCAACAUCUGAGCAGUGAUGGAAGUUGUAAAAUCGCCUCGAAGUGAUUGUCAUAUUGAGGACAGUUGAGCAGGGUCUCUGACAUCGUGAGAGUCUCAAUCAUCAUUCUCCAGGUGAAGAAUGCUCUUCAAGAACAUUUUUUCGUCUGAGGCCUCCCUUCCAGCAUAAGGGACAUGGAGGUGUCUGCCAUUUUCCUGAAGUCAAGAACAACAGUCGAGUUAUUGAAUUUUGAAAUCAUCAGAGAGUGACCUCGCUGGAGUAGAAAAAAAAACUGGGUAACCAGGAGCAGUAGAUGUAAUUCGAAGGCAAUGAAUUUGUUUCUAACAACAUCUUCCUAUCGUCGAAACAAUCGUAUUGUUGUUGAGCUGGCUAAACUCACAUAUCUACGUUUUUUGUUCUUUUUCCUUUGUUUUUUUUUAGUUUAAAUCUCUCGUAAUAUAUAAAAUUAACUUAAGAAUUAUUAUAUUGUUGUUCAAUAAUGUAAGCCAUUCUUGAACUUUGAGGAGAUCUACUUGAGAAGAUAAUGACAAAUUUUUCUAGUUUUUACUGAAUAUUAGUUGAUUGAUCAAUUAAUUUCGAGUUAAGUUCUCGAAUAUUGGAGUGGAGUAUCAGAUGGUACAAUUUGAUAAAUAAUUAGUGCUGAGUAGGAAAAGUAAUUGAAAAAUUGUACGAAAUUUUAGUUUGUAUGUCCGUGUUCAUCAACAAUUUUUUUUCUUUUUUUUAUUUAAAUGUACCUAAAACUUUUGGAGAUAAGAUAGCAAACACAGAGUGUCUAUUUGAAUACACUGUACUGUCGGUGACACCAAUUGCUUGCAAGCUGGUGACAUUGUAUGUUACAAAAAAAAUUAAUAAAAUAAUAAGAUAAUGCAAUAAAUUGAAAUAAAUUAACUUUCCAUAAA